AUGUCUGACUGUGUCUCCCUGCUGCAGUGCAGAGCAGUGAGACAGCAAGUGGUGGACAACAAACAAGACUCAUCUCUGACUGUCUUUAUCACUGGGACAGAGAGCUGCACGAGUGCUGGCAGUGUGCCUCUCCGCACAGCUCUGAAUGGAGCACUUAUCUGUGCUCUCAGUGAGCUGACUAUGUGGAGCAGCCCGGCAGAAGAGUGCAUAUACAGGAAGCGUCUGUCUAUGGAUGGGAGGCAGAUUAAUCUUGAGCUCUAUGACCCUUGCUCUCAGCCUUGUGAGGGUAAGUCUACUCUAAACAACCAGAUCCACUGGGCUGAUGGUUUCGUUGUGGUCUAUGAUAUCAGUGACCGCUCGUCCUUCCUUACUGCUAAAGCCAUAGUCCAUCUCAUCAGAGAGCUACACCUGGGAACUGCCAAAAGGGAUGUGGACUCGCUCAUAUUUUUAGUGGGUAACAAACAGGACCUUUGCCACAUGAGAGAGGUGCGGCGUGACGAAGGUCAGUGUCUGGCUGCUGAGUUUCACUGCCAGUUCUACGAGCUGUCUGCAGCUGACCACUACCAGGAGGUGGCCCUCAUAUUCUCCAAGAUGGUGCAAAACGCUAGCCUGGGCAGCAAGGCCAAGGAGCGCAGGAGACGCCCCAGCGGUUCCAAGUCCAUGGUCAAACUCAUCAACAACGUCUUUGGCAAGAGGAGGAAAUCAGUGUGAAGUGUCAAAUACUAGGACAGCUGUCAGUCAAGCCUGGAACAAUAAUACUGGACUGAAACACACCCUCUGACUUGGCUUUGUAUUUGAUUGUUUGGUGUUGCUGUUGAUUAGCAUUAAACUGACAUUUGUAUGUGUAAAUAGGUAUUUGUGUGCUGUAACAGAAGCACACAGCACCUACUAACGGAGCCUGCUUGCUGCUUAC